AUAGAGUCAGUCCGGGAUCACAUGAAGAGACAGCAGACAUAUAAGGAACACACCAAAGUCAGCAGACGAGCAAUUUAAUUCAAUUUGUUCUUUUUUAAUUAACUCAACAGCCGUCGCAUCCCUCGGACACUGACAAAUUUUUGCAAUUACAAAUGUGAACCAUGUCCCUUCUCGGCAUCCUUAGUUGUACCGGGUAAGCUAGCUAGUGGCUAACAGCUAUUAGCUACCUUCAGAGGAGCCAAAAAAAGAGUCGUAACAGCAAAGUUUGUCAACGAACAAGCAAAGUUGGAGAAUAUGGUUGUGAAUCUUUGUCUGCCACACUUUCAUACAACUAUUGAUUGCAACAAGCUGUGUGCAGAUGGCUAUGAUGUCUCAAACCUUGUGUCAGCUGACCCUGCUCUCCGGAGGCAGGGCUUCAAGCUGGAGUACUUUCUACGUCCGCCUGUACAGGUGACGUUGAAGUUUGGCUUCCAGGUGGAGCUGUGCAGAGUUGAUGUGGAGCUGUGGCCCUGGGGUAUGGACCGAGGACAGGCCUGCAAGAGACUGGAGAUCAGCACCAGCUCUGAUCCGAUACCUGCCCACAAUUUUGGUCAAGGCCAUAAACAUGUUCAAGAGAAGAAACAAGUGCAAAUGCAGGUAAAGGACCAGAAUGAACAGAACAAAAAAAACAAGCAAGAGUAUGACAGUAAAUCUCGCCGGGGUAGUGGCCACCAGUGGAGUCUUCAGGCCCAACAGUGGGGCGAAGAGACUCUAGAUGGGCAUCAACAUAUAGGGCAUGCAUACAGGAGGCAGAUGGCCAAAGAGCAUGCUCAAACAAAUGCUGGAUCGAGCCCACCUGAGCCAGAGUUUAGACUGGUAGGUCGUUGCGAACUUAGAGAGGAAACCCAAGUCUGUUUUUCGCGUUCAAAUUUUAGUCCCCGGCCCCCGUUCCUCUCUCCAGCUCCUCCGCAACCUGCAAACUGUCGGCAAGAGGAGCUGUGGAACCGGGGUCUGCCCUCAUUGGGCGCUGUGACGCAACUACGUGUGACUGUGCCAUUUGGCGGUGCAGCAUCUGCCCUGGGGCUCAAGGCUUUGUCUGUGUGGGGACAACCUGCUCGCUGCUGCCCUACAGAAGAAGUGGAGAGGAUUAAAAGAGUCCUUGAGGCCAGUGAAAGACGGCUGCCACGACCUGUGUUUUUUGCCCCCACUGUCAGAAAAACCAAACAACCACUGCCUGCAGCCACACCUCCAAGCAAUCUUUCAAUCCCAGAAGAGUUUCUUGACCCAAUAACCCAGGAGAUAAUGACAAUGCCUAUGCUGCUGCCCAGUGGUGUGUCAGUGGACAACACCACUCUGGAGGAGUACCAGAAGAGGGAAGCCACUUGGGGUCGACCCCCAAACGACCCCUUCACUGGGGUCCCGUUCAAUUCAACCUCCCAGCCUCUUCCUAACCCCCAACUGAAAACCCGCAUCGACCACUUCCUACUGCAGAGAGGGGAGGUGAGGAGGGACGGGAUGUUGGGGAGACAAGGGGAGGGAGGGAGUCCACAAGCCUCAAGACUUCUAGUUUCCAAGGUAGACGGACAGUCCCAGAACUCUCCGUGUCUCAGUGAAAGCUCAGUGAACAAUACUGCUAUUCAAAAUAAUGCUGACACUAGAAACUCAAAGAGGACUGCACAGAUAGAAGACACUGGAUUAGGACAUUCAUCAGAUAAUGGGAAUCAUACAUCUAACUCUCAGCCUCUUACUGCAGAUAGUACAUCACAGUUAGAUAGAAGGAAGAAACGAGAUCUAAGUGGAAAUUCUAAAGAGUCAACGGAAGAGUUAACGUCUGAGAAACAACUACUACCUCAAACAAAAAGACCAAGAAAUGAUGUCUUUUCAGCUUCAGUCCCCAGCUGCAGCUCCCAUGAGCAGCGUUUGUCAGCCAGCCUGGAUGAGGCCCUCUUCUCUGCCCUGCAGGGCCGGCCCUCCUUCACCUCAAACUUGUCCCAGCAGAGAUGGGUUACUCCUGACUCUGAACCCCUGAACACGGCACAGCAGAGCCAGAGUCCAGGCACUUCCAUCCUCUGUACAGGUGAGAAGACGUGCUCUGCGUGUUCCUGUUCCGUCUCUGUUUACUCCACAUCUGUAUCAUCCAUCUACCGUCUAACCUGCGGUCACUUGCUCUGCCGUGCCUGCCUGCAGAGGCAAUCACAUCUCCUAAACUCUGUCACUGCAGUGUCAUCCAGUCACAUCUUGUGUCCCACCUGCAAAAGCCCUACCCCACGCAGUGACAUCAUACGUGUGCAUCACUGACAGAUUGCAUGAAAUGCAGAGCUACGCCUUCAAAGCCUGUGAAGAAACGAGGAGGAUUGUUCGCAAAGAAUGUAAUAUAUAUAUAUAGAUAUAAAGUCUUGUUCUCUUCUCUUCCACCCCCUCUCCCCGUGUUAGUCGUUUCAUUGAGUAUUGAAGUCUAGUUGCAGCCACUGUUCCGCAGCCUAUGUGGAGACCCUGGAUGUGUAGAUGCGUUGUGGAUGCACAAAGAAAAGUUUGAGAGACAGAAACACUGAGAGCAAGAGGCCGGCAGAAUUAAUGUGGAAAUCGAGUCGACCCAAGGCUGCGUAGUCAUUGUGCAGAAAGAGAUGGGGGUCACCCAUAGCUGAUCAGCUGACCCCCUGAUGCCAUGUUAGCCCUGUUCUUAUCUCAGGCCCUCCCCCUCUUUCCUUCUUCACUCCAUUCACCACUGUACAUUCCCUACACUCUUGCUUAGGUUUUGUUGUCUUAAGAGGGUAAAUGCAGGCAGAAAAUGUAACGGUAAGGACGACUUCUAACUGAUUAUGUACCACUUUGAUUAUGUUUUUGGUGUGUUAAUAUUAAACUGUAUAUGCUGGCAUGAAUACCAACAAUGGCAAGUGUUCAUCAGGUAGCAUUGAAAGGUGCCGUGUUGGGAAAUAAAUGUGUGCACCAUGUUUCCCGGCAAAGACUACAUGUCCUCCAGAGUGUCCUUGCCAACAUAUUCAUUUUCUGUCUUAACACUUCACCGUAAUUACCUCUUAUGAGUGUGUUGUUGUGUGCACAAAAGGGUUAAAGAGAGAAAAGUCAGGAAAAAAUGGUAUUUAUUGGGCUUUACAAUCACAAACAGCAUAAUUUAUAUGUUGGUUUCCCUGACAACAUUAAGCUUAACCAAGGUCAUGAUCCUGUAUCCGCUCAAUAAGAGCACAGACUGGAAUCAGUUGUUCUGAAUGUGAAAUCGAGACAUCAGCUUCACUGUUUCAGCUCCAAGUGGGAGAUAAAGCACUUUAAUGAUACUAAAUCAUACCAUGUAUUUGAGUGAUAUUAACAACUGCCUCUACUUAUCUGAUUGACUUAAUACACUCACAUGUUAAACCUUUGGUUGCACUUUAAAACCUGAUGCUUAUUUUUCUGCUUUAUAUUUGUGAAAUGUACAGUUAGGUCCACAAGUAUUAGAACAGUGACACAAUUUUCAUAAUUUU